AUGAUUUAUGAUGAUAAUGUAUUUAACAAUGGCAUGUAUGAUCUAUGUGUACAAUAUGAUACAGAAGUGACCGAAAAAACCAAAUACCGUCAAACUUGUGCAUCGAAAGAGUUCCAAGACAGCUUGAAUCCCAUCUACGACAAAAACGAAGACGACGACGACCAACGUCGCCGCGAGCAACAGUCUCGUCACAUACGCCGUCGGACCKUCGAAGUCGUCACGAAACACCGGCACGUGCUUUCUGAAUCGUGUCGCGUAAAAGUGGAAAACCUGAGAUAUGGUCGAGUGAACGUGGUCAGGUGGCUGUUGUGGGAAGCAGACAUGCCGGUGCUGGAAAGGUCCAACAACGGUGCUCUGGCACUGCACUACGCGUCGGCCAGGGGAUGUCUGGACUGCGUGAAGCUCCUUUGCAAAUCGGCCGGUGAAAUAUGCGCAAACACUCAGAUGGACAACGAUGUCACGCCAGUUUACUUGGCCGCACAAGAGGGACACCUGGAAGUACUCAAGUUCCUCGUACUCGAGGCUGGUGGUUCGCUGUACGUCCGAGCCAAAGACGGCAUGGCCCCAGUGCACGCAGCCGCCCAAAUGGGAUGUCUCAACUGUUUGAAGUGGAUGGUCAGAGAUCAAGGAGUCGACCCAAACCUCAGAGAUGGUGAUGGUGCAACAGCGUUACAUUUCGCCGCAAGCAGAGGUCACGUAGACACGGUGCGGUGGUUGUUGAGGCACGGCGCCAAUCUGGUCGUCGACAAAUACGGAAAAAGCCCAAUCAACGACGCAGCAGAAAAUCAUCAGAUGGAGUGUCUGAACAUAUUGGUGCAACAUGGUACGAUGCCAGAUUAUCACGACGAGAAAAAGAACGGCAGGCUGUUGGGCUGUACAUGUCGAAAAGAAGAACCAAAAACACGAUGCUCGUUUGCCGACUGUGUCAACUACAAGAAGAGUCAGGAACCGUUUUACCUCCACCCCCCAUCCACAGUGGGCGGUCAUCAUCAGCAUCAACCACAACAGCAGCAGCAGCAGCAACAGCAUAACGGGACCGGACGUGGCAAGGUGGCCGUCAAAGACGGUUUGUAUGUCGUGAGCACGCCGCCACCACCGCCUCCGCCGCCACAGCAGCAGCAGCAGUUUUGCAAAGUCAACUCGGCGGCGGCCGUGCUGCAGGCCGUCGAACCGGUCAGACCGCCGCAGCCGCAGGGACCGUUUUACCUGCACAACCCGAACGGAGUGAUCGACGACCCGGUGAAGGACAUAUUCGCGACGGACAAGACCGCGGCAAAGACGGUGUCGUACGUGACCACGACCGCUCCCCCGCCGCCACCUCAGCCGGCCAUUGGCCUCAACACUAUGACCGUCAAGGUGGAGGUGCACAGCAGUAACAGCAGCUCCGGUGCCGGAUCGGACGAGAACCUCAGCUCGUCGUCGUCGGAUCGGGGCAGCGACCCAGGCACUGCGGCCGGCGAAAACGACUACGAGGACAUUUACGAGGUGAGGCAACGGGCCGAAGGCGUGGGUCUUCUGCACCACACUCAGCAUCACCACCGCGGCAAAGAGUCCAAGAGCCCCAGCCGGGACUCGGGUAGCCACAGCCGGUCCGGUUCCAUGAGCUCUACAGGCAGCGGAAGCGGUGGCACGCCUGGAGUCAUCGGUUCGUCCGUGGUCGUGCUCCAUACCAGUAAUGGUGGUGGCGUCGACGACGGAAAGUUGAUCAACUCGUCGUGUGCGACGAUCACCAACGUCACCGUCAACGGAUCGCCUGAUAUGAUUCAGUGCUACGAGCCAGUCGGUGUAAUGACGCCAGAGUCGGGAGUGUCGAGCGGCUCGCCUUCGGACGUGAGCCAUUCGGCCGAAGACUCGGACCCGGAGCUGCCGGGCCAACAYCACCAUCACACGCUGCCGCUGCACGCGGCCGUUCACCACCACAAGGAACGGACGCCGCUGAAGCGCGUGGUGUCAGAACCGGCGGCUGGCGUGUGUCCUCCACCGCCCCCGCCACCAAUGCCUGUCAACGAUUUCCACGGACAGGUGUACGUGUACGUGCAACAGCAGUCAGUCCGCAAUCCGAGAGAAUCUUCGGAAGGCGGAGGGGCGCUGGUCUCGGCGAUGACUGGACCUCAGCAACCAGCGGCGUUCAUUCCGCCAAAGUUCCCGGCCACGGGCGUCCAUGACAUAGGACUCAUUAAACCCUCAGAAUACCUGAAGAGCAUCGUCGGCGGCGGUGCGGGUGGCAAUACCGGUGACUCGAACGAAGUUGUCAGACCCGCAAACACGCCGUUGCACAGAACCAAGUCCGAACUGUCCGUGGCCGUCCAACACCAACAGCAACACCUGCAACAGCCGUUGGCCGCGAUCAGCAUACACGAUUUGCACAGCGUACAGCUCAAGAAGACGCCGGGCACCGUGAAGAUCAUGCAGAACAACAACAACAACGUGGACAAACAAUCCGGUGCUGUGCCUCCGUUACAAGCACAGAGGCAAGAUCUGAUAGCAGAAUUAAAAAUGUCAAAAGAUAUUAACGGCAUUAAAAAGAUGAAAGUGGAAAAAGUCAAAAUGGACGAAAUGAGCGAAAAACAAAAGAUCAACGAGAUCACCAAACAGUUGUCGCCCGACAAUAUCAUAGACCAGAUCCCAGAAAAGGACGCCAACGGUAACAUGAUACCCGCGUGGAAGCGUCAGAUGAUGGCUAAAAAGGCAGCGGAAAAGGCGCGAAAGGACAUGGAAGAGGAGCUUACCCGACAGGCAGAGGAAAARCGUUUGCAAUCUUUGCCACCGUGGAAACGGCAACUGAUGCAAAACAAGAGACAAGACGACAAGUUGUCGAACAAUGGGAAACCACCAUCAAGUGUCAUGACCAAGGUGACGUUUGCCGAGUCUGCGACAGACGGCCAGAACAAGGAAAACGAUCAGCCGGUAGUGGAAGAUGAAUCAGUGGCGGCAACAGAUGAAAAAUCCACGGCGCCACAGGUUCCUUCGCAGUCACAGCAACAAGUCUCCAAUAACAACGCAAAAGACUCGGACAGCGAUGAUGGUCUUGCCAAAAUCAUUCCGUGGAGAGCUCAGCUGAGGAAGACCAAUAGCACUCUUAAUCUUUUAGAGUAAUAUACCGCAUAUAUAUACGCAAUACUGUUCCAUAUUAUUAUUAUUUUUAUUAUUUAUAUACGUUUUWUACUUACGAUUAUUAAUUUUAUUAUCAUAUACAUAUACAUAUAUAGAUAUAGUACUUAAAUGAUAUUUAUAAUUUAUACGAUACACAUCAUAUUGUAUACUGUUAUAUAAACUUUGUCUUCUCUAUGCUGUUAAUGAUUAAAAACAAAAAUUCACAAUAAAAAUUGUGCGUUAACGUUAAGGACCAGAUUCAAGCGUAUAUAUUAUAAAGUAAGUUUUAUAAAUAUAUUACCUAUAUAUAAUAUAAUAGAAUAUAAUAUACUCGUA